AUGAGGUUGGCAGUACUUUUCUUUCCGGCUACCAUUGUAACAACUUGCAAUGCAGAUUGCCAUAUUCUCCAAGAGGGUCAAAUCUAUAUUCUCCGGCCACGAUCUGGUGCCGCCGGCCACCGGCUUGAGGGUCUUGACUGCCUCAGCUGGUGUUUGGUAGUUGAAACCAACAAUCUUCAAAAUUGGGACACUGUGUUCAUGUCUUGUGAAGAUAUUGUUGGUCACUAUAUGCUAGGCAAGCAAUAUAGACAUGAAUGUGAAUUGGUGUCAGAUGCCGCGAUUAAAUAUGCCAAGAGCCUUAAACUUGCUGGCGAUGGCAAGGAUAUUUGGAUCUUUGACGUUGAUGAAACUGUACUUAUUAAUAUUCCAUACUAUGCUCGAUCCGACGUGUUGGUUAGGGCAUUACCAUACAACAAAACAUCGUUUAACGAGAGGAUUGCAAAGGGAAAAUUACAGGUAGUUCCUGGCGCGCUUCGUCUAUAUAAAUCAUUGCUGAGACUCGAGUUCAAAAUCGUCUUCUUAACGGGAGUUGAAGAAGAAUAAAGAGAGGCCAGGAUAGCAAAUCUGAAGGCAGUUGGUUACCAUACUUGAGAAAAGCUCAUUCACAGGGAAGAGCUGAUAAGGGCCUCACAACAUUGGCGUAUAAGUCAAAAACAAGAACAAAGCUAGUAAAUGCAGGAUAAAAAAUUCUUGGAAAUUCUGGAGACCAGUGGAGUGAUAUUCUUGGGGACAAUAAUGGCAAUCGAACAUUCAAAAUCCCCGAUCCCAUGUAUUACCUUGCUUGAGUGACAAGCAAAUUCUAUCCA